AAUAGAAAUAGAAAUAGAAAUAGCAUUUGUGAGGGAAUAAAUUUAAUGAUAUAGAGAGACCUAACUAGCCACCGGCGUUGCACCGUAUUGUUAAGUGCCGGCGUUGUUCAAGUUCAGUCAUUGCAUGCAUUCGCAUCCACCUCAGAAUUCGCCGCCGGAGAUAUGGACGCCGUGGUGGUUGACGUUGGAACUAAGCUGCUCAAAUCCGGUUUUGCUGUUCCCGAUCAGCCUCCUUCUAUGGCAGCUUUGAUUUUCUCAAUUUUGAGGAGUUCAAUUUUAACAGCAUGCUUUGUCACCGACACUAAUUAUAGCAAGUAUAUUGCAUCAAUAAUAGAAGGUGCUGUUCAGCAUAUAUCUUCUAGACGAUUUGAAAUAGGUGGUUUGGAUUUGACCAACUUAUUUGCUAAAGAACUUGGUGAAUCCAAUCCGCAUGUGAACUUAAGCAUCUCUGAUGUGGAAAAGUUGAAGGAGCAUUAUGCCUGCUGUAGUGAGGAUGAUGCUGCUUAUAGAAGGUUCCAGCAGGGAUGCCCUGAGGAGCAACACACUUUGCCUGAUGGACAGGUGAUAAAAAUUGGAAGAGAAAGGUAUACUGUUGGUGAGGCCUUGUUCCAACCAUCAAUUUUAGGUUUAGAGGCUCAUGGAAUAGUUGAGCAGCUGGUUCGUUGUAUCUCAACCGUGUCAACUGAGAAUCACCGCCAGCUGCUGGAGAAUACUGUACUGUGUGGUGGAACUGCUUCUAUGGCUGGUUUCGAAGAUAGGUUUCAGAAGGAAGCUGCAGUCUCCUCCUCUGCCAUCCGGCCUUCUCUGGUGAAGGCGCCGGAAUACAUGCCAGAUAAUUUGACAAGUAACUCAGCUUGGGUGGGAGGAGCCAUACUAGCCAAAGUGGUGUUCCCCCAAAACCAACAUUUGACCAAGGCCGAUUAUGAUGAAAAUGGGCCUUCUAUUAUCCAUCGCAAAUGCUUUUAAGCAACGAAUUCUAUUCUGCUAGAGGUAGCUGCUAGGCUUAAAUUAGAAGUUGAGCUAUUAUCGACUUACAUGAAUUCCAAAAUUUCUGUCAGUCUCUAAUGUAUGUGAUUUGAUAUGUACUUUUCUAGAUGACCAAGGCUUGAGUUGUAGCUCAAGCAAAAACUACAUGUAGAUGCCAAAGGCUUGAGUUGUAGCUUAAGCAAAAACUCAAAAUAUGAAAAUGAUUUACAUCAGACAUCAUUUCAUGUUUUGCCU